AUGAACCAUCACCUGAUUGAGCAGUUGCUGACUUGUCCCGUUUGCCUGGACCGCUACAAGAGGCCAAAGCUCCUGCCUUGCCAGCACACCUUCUGCCAGGAGCCCUGCUUGAAAGGCUUGGUCAACGAAGUCAACCGAAAGGUGAAAUGUCCCGAAUGCAGGGCGGUCCACAAAAUCCCCCGCGAAGGAGUGUCUGGAUUCCCCAACAACAGGACUAUUCUCAGCUUUCUGGAAAUCCCUCUGGAGCAGAUCCCAGGCCUGAACAGCAAUGGGCCACUGACCUGCCAUUUCUGCAGCCUCAAGGAGGAGCUGGCAGUGUGCUGCCAUUGUGAGAAACACCUGUGCGAUUCCUGUCAGCAUUUACACAUGGAGCAGCUGCGACUGGACCUCAAGAGGUUGGUGUCCCAGUUGAGGAGGUCCGUUCCUAAGCUCUCCAAUGCCCUGGGAGCACUGGAGCAGAAGCUAGCGUCUCUGAAGCAAAAUGUCGAGGCAGUGCGUGCUGAGAUCAGACGCAGCGUGGAACGGUUUAUCGCCGAGUUGAAGGAACGGGAGCAGGUUCUGAUGUUGGAAGCGGAGACCCUGGUGCAGUCGGCUGUCAGGACUCUUCAGCUGAAGCAGGAAAACUUGGAGCUUGAGCUGGCCAGCAUUUCAAGUCACUGCGACUGUGUUGAGAACAGCUUGAAGGGCAGUGGGCGCCUCCCAAGCAGCGAGCUGUGGCAACUUCACAAACAGUCCAGAGAGCUCAUCGGACAGAUCAGGUACUUGGAUGAGCCAGAUGAGGUCCAGCCCAAGGUUCUGAGGUUUACAGCCAAUACCGUUGCUCUUCACACCGAUGUCGUCAAGUUUGGCUCAGUCUCUUGGGCCACAAAAAAUUCAACACCUUUGCAACUCCUUUCUUCCAGUUUGUCAAGAUAUCAAGCAACACAGAACUCACAUCGAAGCAUUACUGUUUCAACGCAGAGCAGCAUUGAAAUGUAUUCCCCUCUGACAAUAAACAAUUCUCUUAACCCUUUGCCCAGGAUGGCUAGUAACUAUUUAUCCUCGAAUUCACAGUUAGGGCAAAGGGCAAGCUCCAGCGAUUCCCAGGCUCUGAUUAUUGAGCUGCUGGACAUGAACCACCACAUGUUGAGCCUCCCGUUGACCGGUCGCGAUCUUCAGCUUCACUAUCAGGAGAAAGGACGCCUGCAAUUCAAGUUUGGAUCGAAAGGCAGUGAUCUGGGUCAUUUCACUUGGCCAAGAGGGGUGGCUGUGAGUCCUGAAGGUCACGUGGUCGUGGCAGACAGCAGCAAUCACAGAGUCCAGAUAUUCAGUGGAGGAGGGAGGUUUGUCAGAGCGUUUGGAUCCUACGGUAGCAGUGACGGAGAGUUUGAUUGUUUGGCCGGUGUUGCUGUCAACAGCCAAGGCUGGAUUAUCAUUGCUGAUCGCUACAACCACCGCAUUCAGAUCUUUGACCGGGUCGGGCGCUUCAUACGCAAGUUCGGGAAAGAAGGUGCCUGCAAUGGGCAGUUGAGUUACCCUUGGGGGGUGACGACAGAUGGGCUGGGCUUCAUCUACGUGUGCGACAAGGACAACCAUCGGGUCCAGGUCUUCACUUUGGACGGCCAGUUUGUGCGCAGGUUUGGCCGCCUGGGCAGUGGGGAUGGCCAGCUGGAGCACCCACAUUACUUGACCAUCACCUCCCAGAACCAAGUGGUGGUCAGCGACAGCUGUAACCACCGGGUGCAGGUCUUUGAUAAGUACGGCCGGUUUGUGAGCAAAUUUGGGUCCGAGGGCACGGCUCCGGGCCAGUUCAAGUACCCUCGUGGUCUGGCCGUUGACCACGAAGGGAACAUUCUCGUGGGAGACAGCGGGAACAAUCGCAUCCAGAUCUUCCGUCCUGACGGGACCUUCCUGCAGGCUUUCGGUAGCUGGGGAACAGGGGAUGGACAGGUGAAAGGCCUGGAGGGCAUAGCCUUUUAUGGAGGAGAUAUCAUCAUCAGCGACAGGGAGAACCACAGAAUACAGAUCUUUUAGCACUGGACUCACCCAAUAACCUCAUGGGUCAAGGAAUCACCCAGUGAAGUGUUACGCCAGACAGGCCGACCAGAAGGUCCCAGUUUGCUGAUCACAGCUGUGGGCAUUAGAACAGGGUUAGAGAAAGGUGGGUGUGGAAAUCAGACUGUGUUCCCACUCCCGAUAGUAAUUGAGUGAUCUUUGCUAGUUAGUGCAUAUAUGUGGAUGUCAGGCAAGGGCAGGAUCAUGCUUCGCUGUGACGCCCUCCAUUGGUAAAACUGUGUGCUAACGCUCACUGUGUAGGUCACACAGAAAUAAUGACUGGAGUUCCCCUCGGAGCCAUACUCCAGCAGGAAUACGUCUUCAGGAGAGGAGAGGAACAAAUUGGCAACAAAAUAAAGAAGAUAAAGUGUUGUUCUAUCUUCAGAGUGGAUCACCAGUGUAAACUUAUUCGUAGGUUUGAACAAAAGGCAUGGACAGUGUUGGAUUAUCGAGAGAUCCCAACGCUUGUUCACAUUACCUCUCAGCAAAAAAAAACAAUAAAGGAUGAGAUUUCUAAAAUGUGCUGCAAACUCUGAAUGAUAGAGGAGGGGAACGGACUGGAUUGACAGGGUUAAACAUGACAUUCUGGAUAAUCUGGAAUUGGUUUGUGUUGACAUGUGCGUGGAAAUGCCACAGAAGUGAAAUGAGAAGGGUUUAACGAAUUCUGCACAAGAGCUGGAAGUGCCUGUCACUCAUGUCCCCCUGCCUUCCGUAGCUUUUCCCACCUCCAGCUCGG